AUGGCUUUGGCUCAGCAUCAUCGACUCAUUACGUGUAUGCUGCUGUUCUGUAUAGGGACUAGCAUUCAAACCCGGUUCUCUCAAACAGACUUGAAAUCUAAAAUAUCUGGGGUGGAGGAGCUCUUAGAGGAAUUCCGCAAGCAGCUCCAACAGGACCAGACGUAUACCAGGGAGGAGGAAGAGGUGGUUGACGUCUGUCUGGCUGAUUUCAACGCCGUAGAGGAGCACAUAAUCCGAGCGACUGCCUCCAUUGAGCAGGGAGCCAUCUUCCUCUCGGCUCCUGACCGGGUGUACAGUUGGAAAGACUGUCUCCAUGCCUGCUGUGCAGACCCUCACUGCACGGUGGCGGUGGUCCAGGAGGACCUGAGACAAUCGGACGACAGCCUCAGCUGCUAUUUGUUCAGCUGCACCUAUAGAAAUAAAAACGUUUGUUCAUUCGCAGCACAGGCAGGGUUUAGCACCUACAGUCGGGCUCACAAUACAACAGGACACAUCAUCUCCUCCAGUGGCAAUGAAGAUGUGAACAAAUUGGUCAAUUUGAUUAGGAGACCUGAGGAAAACCCUAGAGUUGAUGAUGACACUCAAAUGCCAGACAUGGACGAGCCGCCCCGCAGUGAUGCCGGCCAGGAUGUAGUUAUCCAGCUGCCCACUGACUGUGCGGUACUGGACGGCCGGGACAGUGUGGACGACCAUGGGGUCACCCGCUAUGAAUGGGCCCUGGUGAAGGGUGACCCAGCCAUCAACAUGAAGGUGACCCAGCCAGGGUUACUGAAAAUCAGUAGUCUACAGGAGGGUUCCUUUACCUUCCAGAUGACUGUCACAGACACCGUGGGACAGAAGAGCUCAGACAAUGUCACUGUGACAGUGCUGGCUCCAGAACACCAAGCUGAAGUUGAUGGGAACAGGAAGUCAGUGACCCACCCUGCAGGUCUACCCAGCCCACACAGGCCUGGGGCCCAGCCAGAGGAGACUGAGGACCACUCCAUGGCCCAGGGUGGACCCAGGAAGACCAUGGAGGAGGCCAGACCAACUCCACCACAAGCCCCACAGACUCCACAGUCUGGUGACUGGAGCAAGGCAGUGCCCCGAGUCCUACCACAGCCAAGUCACAGUGAACAGGAGAGCCCUGUCCGUCAAGCAGAGCCCUGUGCAGCGCCCCCUGCUGUGGGGCCAUGUAAAGGCAUCUUCCCACGCUGGUUCUAUGACCCUGUGGCUGAAGAGUGCAAGCACUUCAUCUACGGAGGCUGCAAGGGCAACCAUAACAACUUCCUGCAGGUGGCAGACUGCGUCAAUGAAUGUAUAAAAAAAACAGUCUUACCCAGUACAUUUCCUGCAGAGGCUCCUAAAGUGACCAUGAAGUGGCCAGAGAUCAAACCACUACCAGAGCGUGACAUGUUCCCAAUAUCCAAACCACAUUCAGUAAUGGGAGGACACCCAGGGCCUGAGUCAGGUGCUAUACUGCCAUUGGCUCUAGGCCUGAUCAUCACAGCUUUGCUGCUGCUCAUGAUUGGCUGUCGCCUGCGGUUGGUCCGGCACAAGCUGAAGAAGGCCCGCCCCCUCACCACUGAGGAGUCUGAUUACCUCAUCAACGGCAUGUACCUGUAG